UGUACAGGUAACAAGUUCUGGGUUUUCAAGGACACUACUCUUCAGCCAGGUUAUCCUCAUGAUUUGAUAACACUUGGGAGCGGAAUUCCUUCCCAUGGGAUUGAUUCAGCAAUUUGGUGGGAAGAUGUUGGGAAAACCUACUUCUUCAAAGGAGAUAGGUACUGGAGGUACAGUGAAGAAAUGAGAUGCAUGGACCCUGGUUAUCCCAAACCAAUCACAAUUUGGAAAGGUAUCCCAGAAUCUCCUCAGGGAGCCUUUGUCCACAAAGAAAAUGGCUUCACAUAUUUCUACAAAGGAAAAGAGUACUGGAAAUUCAAUAACCAGAUGCUGAGGGUGGAACCUGGCUAUCCCAGAUCCAUCCUCAAGGAUUUUAUGGGUUGUGAUGGACCAACAGAUAAAGACCGACACAGCCCUCAAGAUGACGUUGACAUUGUCAUCAAACUGGACAACACAGCCAGCACUGUGAAAGCCAUAGCCAUCGUCAUUCCUUGCAUCCUGGCCUUGUGCCUCCUUGUCUUGGUUUACACUGUGUUCCAGUUCAAAAGGAAAGGAACACCCCGCCACAUACUGUACUGCAAACGCUCUAUGCAAGAGUGGGUGUGAUGUAGGGUUUUGUUUUUUUUCUUUCCCUCCCAGGAGUUUGUGAUAACUUGAGACUCAACACAAGAGCUGUUAUGCAGUUUCCUAGCUAGGAGCAGGCAUCUGUCAGUCUGAAAAAAAGCUGAUCUUUAAAACCCAGGGGGUUGCCUGUCCUGCGUAUAAGUGGCGAUUCGUUCAGCUGGGAAGCUUCCAUGAUACACAGUAUCUGCUGUUUCUUCAGUCCUUUGUCUUUCUUUGUCAUUCAAUUCUAGGCCUUUCCUCUGCACGCUCAAUGCCCUAUAAACUAUCAGGAUUAACUAAUGAAGAGCUCCAGUGUUUCUACAUUUUUCCCUUAAGGCCUGUUCCCCUUUGAAAAAUUUUUUGCUGGAAGUAAUUUUUUUUAGAAAAACACAACAACCCACAAUGGAACUUUCAGGAAUGUGAGAAGACCCAAAACAGCUUUGUCUCCAAAGAGGAUUGCAUUCUGUCUGCUAUGGAUAAAGUCCUAUACUCCUACUUCCAGUUUUGUCAGGUGGGAGACUCGGAUGACACGCAGGACUUCAGACUGUUUGGACAGCCA